GCCGGUCGGGCUGGGCAGAGAGGGGAGGGGGCGGCGGCGGCUAAGGCGGCGUCGUUAUUUCCGUGGUUCGGACGGUGCGUGGCGGCGCGGGUGACCACGGGAGAAGUAGGUAGGGACCGCCCCUGCGGAGCCAUCGAGACCCUCUUGCUUGCGUGUCUGACAGCCGCAGCCCCCCGCGUGUGUAGCGGACCCUGGAGACGCCAGGUCACCCUGCGGCCCCGGCCCUCCUGUCGUGCCUCAGGCAUAAUGGUUAUGAAAGCUUCUGUAGAUGACGAUGAUUCAGGAUGGGAGCUCAGUAUACCAGAAAAAAUGGAAAAAAGCAAUACAAGCUGGGUGGACAUUACUCAAGAUUUUGAAGAAGCUUGUCGAGAAUUAAAGUUGGGAGAACUGCUUCAUGAUAAGCUAUUUGGUCUUUUUGAAGCCAUGUCUGCUAUUGAAAUGAUGGAUCCCAAGAUGGAUGCUGGCAUGAUUGGAAACCAAGUUAAUCGAAAAGUUCUCAAUUUUGAACAAGCUAUCAAGGAUGGUACCAUUAAAAUUAAAGACCUCACCUUGCCUGAACUGAUAGGCAUAAUGGAUACGUGUUUUUGCUGUCUGAUAACAUGGUUAGAAGGCCAUUCUUUGGCACAGACAGUAUUUACGUGCCUUUACAUUCAUAAUCCAGACUUUAUAGAAGAUCCUGCCAUGAAAGCUUUUGCUUUGGGAAUCUUGAAAAUCUGUGACAUUGCAAGGGAAAAAGUAAAUAAAGCUGCUGUUUUUGAAGAGGAAGAUUUUCAGUCAAUGACUUACGGAUUUAAAAUGGCUAACAGUGUGACAGAUCUCCGAGUUACAGGCAUGCUAAAAGAUGUGGAGGAUGACAUGCAAAGAAGAGUAAAGAGUACUCGAAGUCGACAAGGAGAAGAAAGAGAUCCAGAAGUUGAACUAGAACACCAACAAUGUUUAGCAGUGUUCAGCAGAGUGAAAUUUACUCGAGUGUUACUGACAGUGCUUAUAGCCUUUACUAAGAAAGAGACCAGUGCUGUUGCAGAAGCUCAAAAAUUGAUGGUUCAAGCAGCAGAUCUUCUUUCUGCCAUUCAUAAUUCAUUGCAUCAUGGCAUCCAGGCCCAGAAUGAUACUACAAAAGGAGAUCAUCCGAUUAUGAUGGGUUUUGAGCCCCUUGUUAACCAGAGGCUACUUCCACCUACUUUCCCUCGAUAUGCAAAAAUAAUUAAAAGGGAAGAAAUGGUCAACUAUUUUGCCAGAUUAAUAGAUAGAAUAAAAACUGUCUGUGAGGUUGUGAAUUUAACAAAUUUACAUUGUAUCCUGGAUUUUUUCUGUGAAUUUAGUGAACAAUCACCAUGUGUUCUUUCAAGAUCUCUGUUACAAACCACUUUCCUGGUGGAUAACAAAAAGGUCUUUGGAACUCAUCUCAUGCAAGACAUGGUGAAAGAUGCACUUCGGUCUUUUGUCAGUCCUCCGGUGCUUUCCCCCAAGUGCUGCCUAUAUAAUAAUCACCAAGCUAAGGACUGUAUCGACUCCUUUGUUACUCACUGUGUUCGGCCAUUCUGUAGUCUUAUUCAGAUCCACGGACAUAACAGAGCUCGACAGAGAGAUAAGCUUGGUCAUAUUCUUGAGGAAUUUGCCACCUUGCAGGAUGAGGCAGAGAAGGUUGAUGCAGCAUUGCACACUAUGCUGUUGAAACAGGAACCCCAAAGGCAACAUUUGGCCUGUUUAGGUACCUGGGUCCUUUACCAUAACCUUCGAAUUAUGAUACAGUAUCUUCUAAGUGGCUUUGAAUUGGAACUCUACAGCAUGCACGAGUACUACUACAUAUAUUGGUAUCUCUCUGAAUUCCUUUAUGCAUGGUUGAUGUCAACCUUGAGUUGUGCAGAUGGUUCUCAAAUGGCGGAGGAAAGGAUAAUGGAAGAGCAACAGAAGGGCCGUAGCAGCAAAAAAACAAAGAAAAAAAAGAAAGUUCGCCCAUUGAGCCGAGAGAUCACAAUGAGCCAGGCAUAUCAGAACAUGUGUGCUGGAAUGUUUAAAACCAUGGUAGCAUUUGACAUGGAUGGCAAAGUACGCAAACCCAAGUUCGAGCUUGAUAGUGAACAAGUACGAUAUGAGCACAGGUUCGCUCCAUUCAACAGCGUGAUGACCCCGCCACCGGUGCACUACCUGCAAUUCAAGGAAAUGUCUGACCUCAAUAAAUAUAGCCCUCCUCCUCAGUCUCCAGAACUGUAUGUGGCAGCUAGUAAGCACUUUCAGCAGGCAAAAAUGAUAUUGGAAAAUAUCCCAAAUCCGGACCAUGAGGUUAAUAGAAUUUUAAAGGUUGCCAAACCCAACUUUGUAGUUAUGAAAUUAUUGGCAGGAGGACACAAAAAAGAAUCUAAGGUUCCUCCUGAAUUUGAUUUCUCUGCUCACAAAUAUUUUCCUGUUGUGAAACUUGUUUGAAAGAGACUGAAAAGGUGACUGUAAAGGGAGGAGUCUAUUUGCAGAGCCCACUCUCAGAGGAUUCGUGCACCAGUCUGCACCUAAUGGGAAAUGAAACGGAUUUCUUGGAUAACAUCCCAUUAUAAGGAACACUUUUUAGUUUGACAGCCUUACAUGACGUGAAUGAAAACUGCUGUUUUAAAGUGGUUUAUUAUGUUCCAUUGGUGAAAUUGAUGUUAUUGAAUGCAUUGAUGAACGUUAUAUGGUUUUAUUACAGAUUUAAUCAUAAAUCACUUUUUAUGAAUGAUUGAGUGAAAAUAGUGUUUGUAAAGGUUAAUAAAUUUCUUGACAAAAAAUGCACUGUUGGAGAUGAAAAACAAUAAGCACUUUGUUGAUAUGUUAAGAACUGAAGACGCUUGCUCUUUAACAUUUGGGCAGUUCAAAAACAAACUAUCCAAAGUUUCAAAUCAUAGGAUUUACUAAACACGUAUAUGAGAUUUUGGCAGACUACAUUUAAAAGAGAUUUUCAUGGAACCUCUAAGAGAGAGAGACUAAAUUACAUGAGGAUUGUGACUUUGUGUGUCAUGACAUCAUGGAUUUUAUAUAUAUAUAUAUAAAAUGAUUCAGAUGUUUAUAAUACACCCUUUAACUGUUAACUUUUGGCACUUUUAAAAGAUUAUAGGUUAUAUUUGCUGGUGACAUCAUUCAAAGGGUAGGAAGAUAGUAAUGUAUAUAGAUUAAAUUUUAGGUCUAGGUUUAAAUGUGGCAUGCUUCUUUUUGUUUACUUCAUAUUCAUUUUAACCCAUGAAACAUUUUGAAAUGGGGAGUUCUGUUCAGUAAAUUCUGGCUUUGAAAAAGUGAAUUAAAUCCACCCAUACCUACAAGUGUCAGUGCCUGAGGCCCCACACUUCCUUUGCUGCUCCUUCUCUUCCUGUCUUUGCUGUGGUGUUUGCCAAAGCAGCUGUCCUCUCAGUAGGCAACACUGUUGGCAAAAUGAGCUAUAUUGUGGCUUAAAUUGGCUUUUUUUGCUUGGUCUGAGCCUAGAGUCAGUUUUUAUUUGGUCUAUGGUAAAAAGAGUUCUGAACAUCAAAUAUCUUAACUCUGACACCUUUGUUAAAAAAUAUAAUAUUUGAACUUUUUUCGGGACAUACUUUAAAGCAGCUAACUUAACUUGCUUCCCACAGUAGGAGAAAACUGUAGGGUACUGAAGUGGUCUAGUUCUCUUUUCCAAGUGUAGUAAUGGUUGUAUUAUUCAAGAACAGUCAUUAAGCAUCCUGAAAUAUAGUUUAUGGCUAGUAAUUUCUGAAUGCUUUAAACAAAACAAAAAAAGGCAAUGAAAUAUGAGAACAAAGAAAAUAAAAGAGCAUCAACAUUUAGCAAACAAUCAGGACAGCCUGAGGCACAUUUUAGAAAGCUGAGAAAUUACUCUUCCUUCCCAAUGGCCAAGAUACUAAAUGUCAAUAUAUUUUUUUGCUUUCAGAGGCCUUCUUUAAAGCAAAAAAAAAAAAAAAAAAAAAAGAAUAAUUAUUAAUGU